GCUGCACAAUUAUAGUGCCACAGACUAGCCUGCAACUGUCCUGAGCCUACUGGAAGGGAAGGAAAAAAAUCAGACAGAAGGAGAUAAAGCUUUCUGAAAGGUAACUUGGAAUUCCCAACCCUAGAAAGAAGACCCUGCCACCUGCAUUUUUGUGAUGCUCAGGAGAGCUUGAAUUUCAGAAUCUGUCCAUCCAAGAAUGUCACCAGGCAUUCAGAAGUAAUAGGAACCUGGACGGAGGAGCUCAGUCUUCCUGAGAACAAAAGAAAGAGAAAAAAAGGGGGAGAGAAAGGAGGAAGGAGACUUCAGGGAAAUCAAUUCUUAGAUUACACUGGGACUUUCAAUUCUGCUUUCUUCGAACCAAACAUGGAGAUGCACACAUGGGUUACCUACAGAGUCUAAUACCUGGUUUUCAGGAAAACCCCAAACAUAAGCUCUGCAGCAAAAGGAAUUGAUUACUUAUAGCGUGAUCCUAAGAAGAUUUCCCCCACCCCCCAGAAGUAAUCCCAAGCAAUUUGAAUGGGACUUACCCUCCACAUUAGUGAGAACAGGAUUGCAACAUUGGCUGGGCUUUUUUUUGGAGAGGCUGGUUUUUUAAUUUGCAAGCAAAGGCACAGCUUUGCUAUGGGAUUCAAAAGGAACCAGAAUUUGGAUCAUGGUAACACCUUUGGUUCAUAAAAGGUAUGUCAUUAUAGUCUUAUCUUAUGGAGCAGGAAAACAGAUUUUCUAUGAUUCUGUCCUAUGAAGCAGUGAGCAUAAGAUGUAUCUUUCCAGAUGAAAAGUUUGCUUUGUGUUGGAUUUACCUCCAUUCUUUAUUCCUUCUUUCUUGAAAAGGAAGGAGAGACAUUUAAAGCAAACACUGCUGAAUAUGUGUUUAAGAAGAAAGAAAAAGCAAUAUUUGUUGUUUCUAAAGGCCAACAUGGCAAAACAAUGUGAAGUUUUGUAUUUCUUCUUAGAAACUGAUCUACUACAAGUGACAAAAAACUCAUUCUUGACUAACCUUUUCCUGCUGUUUAAAAUGCUGCACAUGAAGAUGCUUUAAUUUAAACCUGGGAUCUAUCAAGAGGAACCAUUGCCUUCUUUUAGGAAAACUUAUUAAGCAUAUACAGUUACUUUUCUUCAGAUAUUUUUCUUCUUUUUAAAGAAAUACAAGCAAAUUGCAUUAAUGGAUGGAUGCAUAGCUAAAAAACCUUUGGGCAAUUCUGGCCGCAAAUCCUGGCGAUUCUCUCAUAUGUGGAAUAUACUAAUUUUUUUUUUUGCAGUAGCCCAUAACACUAACUAAAGCUGCAGUUGUUGUGGAAUGUACCUAUGUAACCGAUCAGGCCUUCAGACAAAGAAAAGACUGAUGCUGAUAGAACUGUGAUCAUGAUGCAUGUGAAUAAUUUUCCAUUUAGGAGGCAUUCGUGGAUAUGUUUUGACGUAGACAAUGGCACCUCAUCAGGACGGAGUCCCUUGGAUCCCAUGACAAGCCCUGGAUCUGGGCUUAUUCUGCAAGCUAACUUUGUUCACAGUCAACGUCGGGAGUCCUUCCUCUAUCGGUCUGAUAGUGACUAUGACCUCUCUCCAAAGUCCAUGUCUAGGAAUUCCUCCAUUGCCAGUGAUAUACAUGGAGAUGACUUGAUUGUGACACCAUUUGCUCAGGUGCUAGCCAGUUUACGUACUGUACGGAAUAAUUUUGCUGCAUUAACCAACCUUCAGGAUCGAGCACCCAGCAAACGGUCACCCAUGUGUAACCAACCAUCCAUCAACAAAGCAACCAUAACAGAGGAGGCCUACCAGAAGCUGGCCAGCGAGACCCUGGAGGAGCUCGACUGGUGCCUCGACCAGCUGGAGACCCUGCAGACCCGCCACUCCGUCAGCGAAAUGGCCUCCAACAAGUUCAAAAGAAUGCUCAAUCGAGAGCUCACCCACUUAUCUGAAAUGAGCCGAUCGGGGAAUCAGGUCUCUGAAUAUAUAUCCAACACAUUUUUAGACAAACAGCAUGAAGUGGAAAUCCCAUCCCCAACACAGAAGGAGAAAGAGAAGAAGAAACGACCUAUGUCUCAGAUCAGUGGGGUGAAGAAACUGAUGCAUAGUUCCAGUUUAACCAAUUCUAGCAUCCCCAAAUUUGGAGUCAAAACUGACCAAGAAGAUAUUCUGGCCAAGGAACUAGAAGAUGUAAAUAAAUGGGGCCUCCAGGUGUUUAAGAUUGCUGAAAUAUCCGGGAACCGACCUUUGACAGUCAUCAUGUACACCAUUUUCCAGGAGCGGGACUUAUUAAAAACAUUUAAAAUUCCACCAGACAUGUUAAUAACUUAUUUGAUGACACUGGAAGACCAUUAUCAUGCAGAUGUGGCAUAUCAUAACAACAUACAUGCUGCAGAUGUUGUACAGUCUACACACGUACUGUUGUCAACCCCAGCUUUGGAAGCGGUGUUCACAGACCUGGAAAUUCUGGCUGCUAUUUUUGCCAGUGCAAUACAUGAUGUCGAUCACCCUGGGGUUUCAAACCAAUUUCUUAUCAACACAAACUCUGAACUUGCCUUGAUGUACAAUGAUUCAUCAGUCCUGGAAAACCAUCAUUUAGCUGUGGGCUUCAAGUUACUGCAGGAGGAGAACUGUGACAUUUUCCAGAAUUUGACAAAAAAACAGAGGCAGUCAUUGAGAAAGAUGGUCAUCGACAUUGUGCUUGCAACAGAUAUGUCCAAGCAUAUGAAUCUAUUAGCUGAUUUGAAAACGAUGGUUGAAACCAAGAAAGUGACUAGCUCUGGAGUUCUACUUCUUGAUAAUUACUCAGACAGAAUUCAGGUUCUACAAAAUAUGGUACACUGUGCAGAUUUAAGCAAUCCAACAAAGCCACUCCAGCUGUAUCGCCAGUGGACUGAUAGAAUAAUGGAAGAAUUCUUCCGACAGGGAGAUCGAGAAAGAGAGAGGGGCAUGGAGAUAAGUCCCAUGUGUGAUAAGCACAAUGCAUCAGUGGAAAAAUCACAGGUGGGCUUUAUAGACUACAUUGUUCACCCCCUCUGGGAGACAUGGGCAGACCUUGUACACCCCGAUGCCCAGGACAUCUUAGACACAUUGGAGGACAAUCGUGAAUGGUAUCAGAGCACAAUUCCUCAGAGUCCUUCUCCUGCCCCAGAUGACCAAGAGGAGGGUAGACAGGGCCAAACAGACAAAUUCCAAUUUGAACUAACAUUGGAGGAAGAUGGUGAAUCAGAUACAGAAAAAGAUAGUGGAAGUCAAGUGGAAGAAGAUACUAGCUGCAGUGAUUCCAAGACUCUUUGCACCCAGGACUCAGAAUCCACUGAAAUUCCACUUGAUGAACAAGUGGGAGAGGAAGUGGUGGAGGAAGAGGAGGAGGAGCAGAGCCAAACAGAACCUUGUUUGCGAGAAGAACGUUCUCCUGAUACGUAACAGUGUAAUGGCUCUGUAGCUCCCUUUGUUCUUUUCUCUCUUUCUCUCUUUUUAAAAAUUGAAAAUGGUUCCGCAAGUGCAUGGCACAACCAUGGUCACGCCUCACUGUCAUCUGCCAGAGAUGUUUGUUGAUCAAAAACUGACUUGAUUACUCAGUUUGGCACUCAGGAAUAUUGUAGCCAGAAAUUGUUCAUCUCCAUGGCAUCGGAAAACAAAGGAAAAAACCUGCAAAGAACAGCUUAAUAAGAGUUCAACUUGGCAGAUACGAUCAGAAUGUGUGUCUACUCCAGGAUGUUUUUCAAAAGGAGUAAAAGCUGGUCCAAAGCUAGUGUGUGUGCGUGUGUAUGUAUGUGUGUAUGUGUGUGUGUUUUGUAUUGGAUUUUAAUUUUCAUGAGAGAGGCAAUUUGUAGCAUAUAUCACCAGACUAAAGUGGCCAGCGAGAGAACCAAGAUUUCUAGUGGGAAAAAUGCACUCAGAUAAUGGAACACAACAUGAAUCUGUUACCAGUAGGAAGAUAAAGCUGUGGAAAUCGCAUAAUUUUCUAAUUUCAAGUCUUCCUGACACACGACUGAAAAAAGUGUAACUCAGUGGGUUGCACUAACAUCUGCAUUUUGUAUAAUAUGUAAAAUGGAAAUCUUUUUGUAGAGUUUACUUUUAUUAUUAAACAUAUUGAGGUAUUAUAUUUAAAAGAAUGCAACUUCAUCUGCCACUGGUUUGUUUUUCACCCCUUCCCUGCCCAAAGAGUAACUUGCAAGUUCUUAGUGCAAAUAUAUGCUACACUGGAAAAUUGAAUUUUAUAUUUGUUUGCACUUAGAUUUUCAUAGCAAUUCAUUCAAAUGUUAUGAAUUAACCUUAUGUUUUUUGUAGAACAAUGCAAACUAUAAAAUGCUAUUUUCACCCCUCCCGGUCCUUGUGUAGUGCAGAAAUUACUUUAUUGGCAUUGAUUUCUGGUUUUCCCUCCUAAACAUUUCUAAGAUGAGCAAUAUAUCAUUGGUAAAGAGUUCUUUGUCCUUACAGAUGCUUAAUCCUUCAGACCUGGCCUUUAUUGCAUUGGGCAUACUGUGUUCAAGCCUGCCUUCCCAUCCCUCUUUUUGAAAUACAGUGGGCCACUAGAAAAGCAGUUGUCUCAAACAUGAGGUGAAGCCCCCUGGUGGAUGUCACAAAUCCUGAUAAGUGACUGCCAUGUUCACUCCAAAGAGUAGAAGAGUAAUGACAAAUAACAAGGCCACUAUUAAAAGUUGAGGGAAGGCUUACUUGGGAUUUGCAUAGUGGCCAAUAUCAAUGUGACUCUCACGAUAAAUGCAAGUAUUUUUAUUUGCUAACUGAAUUGUUCCCAUUCCCAUGGGGCUGCUUUAGGUUUUACAUGUAACAUCAGUAAUUAUCUGUUCCAAAGGCUUAAAGUAUCAGAAAACAAAAACGAACACAAGGGCAUACAGACUGUUGUGACAACAUAGCACUACAAGCUACACUUGCGUGAGAAUUAGGAUAAGUAUCUACAAAUGAUGAGUAGUGGAAUUUUUGUUGUGUUUUGUUGAAAACAGUCUGGGCCAUUUUCCCCACAUCCCCAAUUUUGUCAUCCUUAGAACACUGUUACUCAUUUUUACUCACAGUUAAGUUCCACUCACUUUAGUGGUGCUGACUUGCUAGUAGAUAUGCUUAGAAUUGCAGCUAAAUACAUUUUUUGUAUGAUUUGUGUAGGAGGUAAGUUCAGUUCAAGUAAGUUGGGGCCUAUCAGAAUGAGACUUGUUGCUUUAGACCUUGAUUACAGCAAGACAGAGCAUUCUUUUUAAAGAGAAAAUGAUAAUGUGGAAAGAUGCAUUUUUUAUGUUCAGCAUGCAGCAAAUAAAAUGCAUGGGAAAUCUGUCCACAGUGGCACUCAUUAAAUGCAAAUUCAUGUUCAGAUUGCAUGAUAUGGGACAGUUUCAUCUGAUCUAUGCCAUAGUUGCAUUUUUGACAGAAGCAUGAAUGUACAUCAUACAUCUGCUGUGACGUAUCACCUUGGAGUAUUUUCCAAAGCUCGAGAACAUUCCUUUUGGGGACUACAACUCCCAGAAUCCCUCAGGGACUAUGCUGGCUAAGGGAUUCUAAUAGCUGUGAUUUAUUUCUUUUUUUAAAUGCCCAUGCUUGGGUAUUUUCUUGUUGUAUAUGUGCAACUUUGUGCCACAUGUGAGAUCCCUGCUGCACAGAUGCUGUAAUCCUUGGACUUGAGCAUCUUUGUCACAUAGCUGAGUGAUAAGGCCACAAUAAAGAGAUAAAUUGAGUUGGAUCCAGACAACAUUAUUCAGGCUUCAAGUCUCCCUGAACUCAGUUCAUCAGUCAAGACGAUUGACUUGACAUUUUGAUUUUGAAGGUGCUGCAGCCUGACUAAUUUAGUCUGGACACAACCUUUUGGCCUGAAACCUGUUGACAGCACCGGCUAGAGUAGCUCUACUGAAUCACUCGGUUUCACCUAAUAUGUCAACUUGCUAUUCAAUUGAUUGGUGUGUCUGCUCUGGCUGGGACUAAGUAAUUGUAUUCAAGCCAUUGUGUUUAGCUAACUGAAUCAGUGUUUGGAACAUAGGUAAGUACCAAUUUUUUAAAAAACAUACAUACAUACACACACAUUUUAAUGUGUCCAGUUUUCCUUUUAGUUUUCAGUGACUUAUUGAAAAACAAAAAUACUAAGUGGGGAAUUGAAUGAAACAAUAUCACCAUGUUCUUGUCCAAAUACGUUUGUGUCCUCCCCCUCACUGCCUCAACAUUUCUUCAGUCCUCAAGAGUGCCUGGAAUCUUAAAUAACAAAAAGCAAUAUAAAUUCCAAAAAUCAAUAUGGACCUGGAAGGGUAUUUUAUGGGCGCUGAAGGCUUAAUUGUAUGAAACGGGGUGCUCCUAGCUUCAGCCAGCAAGGGACAUUGGGGGGAAAGAGCUGCAUCCAGAAGGACCUUGCAGCAUGCACAUUGCUGCAGUCAGGUGAAUAAUUUGGGGAGUAUAGUGGGAUUUCCCAGAUUCAUCAUUUUAAUGAGGUAAUUUUUGUUUCUGGGUCUGGUUAGGGCACGCCCUGUUAAGAUUAAACUCUGGCUGAAGAAGCAGGUGUAAAGAAAACCAUAUUGUAUAAAAUGCACCCAUACACAUGGACAAUCACAUGUUAGAAAAUAUUUUUAGAGCCAGGGAUUGAAUGCACUGUACAAUCUUCUUUUUUUCCUAUUGCCAAAGUGUGCUUUAGCACUGCACACUGCUUUUGAAAAAAAAAAAAUACUGUUGAAAAGUGACUUUACAUAUUGUGUGUGUGUGUGUGUGUGUGUGUGUGUUUGCCAUAAGAAAAAUGCAUCAAAUUGGUUACAAUACAGAGAAAAGGAGGGAGUGAGAAAAAGAGAGGAAUCUGAAUUUGUAUUCACACUUCAGCUUGCAAGUUACUGUUCUCAGUAAAUGGUGUAUUUGUUUCCUUUUAAUUUCUAGUUUUAUAUCAUUGUUCCCCCCUUCUUCCCCAUUGCUAUCAGACAUUAUAGGGAGAACAAAUUACAUUCAUAAGGUUUUUUUAAAAACAAACAAACUUUGGAAUGAAUUUUAAAUAACACUUUGACAAUUCUUUUAAAAUGCAUUUAUUUAUUUUUUUAUUCGUGCCAUGCAUAUUUUCCUCACCAAAUGACCUUACCUGUAAUAAGUCUUGUUUGUCUCUGUUUACAACCAUGUAUUUAUUGUAAUGUAUAUACUGUAAUGUUACUUGUAAAUUAUAAGUUCUUAUUAUAACAUCAUCCUUGCCAGGGUGGUGUUGUUAUAUUUGGAAACUCUUGGUGAGAGAAUUAAUAUUGUGUAUACAUAUUCCCUUUGUACAUUUUCCCUCUCCUGUAAUAUAUCCUAUAUCACCUUAGAGCUUGUUUAUGGAAGAGUUGAGAAAAAUUAUAAAAUACAUAGAUAUAUUAAAUUAAAAGCUGCAGGUCUUUGGUCCCAGGGCUGUGCCUUAACUUUAAACAAUAUUUUCUUCUGUUUUGCUGCAUUUGAAAGAGAGGUCGUUGUGGAACAUGGGCUGGGCAUAUCUUCACCACCCCUUUUGUGUUUGUAAAGGACUUCAAGUCUUGAUCCCAAAUAAGAAACCUCUAUUCAGUGGGUUUUUAUCCAUGAUCCCACUGAAGACCCCAAUGCUAACAUACUUGUGCAUAAGCACUGCCUACUGGUAGAGUGUGUUCCCUUUUUUGAAUCACAUUUUAAGGGAUCACAUUAUUUUUUGCCUUUCUUAAAAUCAAAUCCAACACACACCCCAACCACCAUUUAAUCAACAACUGUUUCAACUUCCACCCCAGUCUCAUUGAAACAGACACGUUUCUUUCCUUUUAUUUAAGGGCAGGGUGUGUGUGCAGAUGUUGUCUAUUGUUGUUAAUACAGCAGCUCUCUUGAUCAGGCCAAUGUUUAUACUGUGUGAUAAAGCAUAACCUCUUUUCCCUCCAACACUAAUAUUAAACAUUUAAAGCAGCCCAAGCAUGAAUUGUCUGUAAACGGAUCUGUGAAUGUGAGUAGCAUAGGUGUAGAGAGUGACUGUAACCCUUCAGAUCUUUUAAGCACUACAAAUCAUUCUCUCUUUUUUGGCAGAAAUUAGUGAUGUUCUGACAUGUCUCUUGCUGCUGUUCUUGAUCGUGUAAUUUUUAGAGUCUUGAUACCUCAUUGCCAUUCCAUUUAUGCCCAGCCCUUGUAGCAUGUGACUGUUCAGUGAAAGGAGAGAUUCUUUUUUAAGGAAAAACAGAGCCUCCUUCUUGACACAAACUGUAGAUUUUAGCAGCCCUGGCCCAAAGGAAUAUGAUUGCUUUUGUUUUAAAUAGUAUAAAAGGGACACUAUAACAACAGAAUUACUGAACAAUAUUUUUGUUGUUUUCAGUUUGGUUUUCGUUUCCUUUGGGUAUGUCUUUCGAGUGGCUAAUUGUGUGAACAUUGCAAAUAAUUCAAUGGUUUCUUAGCCUCUCUUACAGCCUAUGGGAUAGUACUGUAUGUCAAAUACCUUCAUAUGAAAUUUUUAUAUGCAAUGGAAAUAAAAGCAUGGGUUGAUUCUGCCUAGAGACUGUACUUGACCAUCUUUUUGCAAAUAAAUUUAUCGUACACAACUAA